CGAUUCGUAAACAAACCUGGGAAAUUUAAAUUGGUGACGGAUAUUGUAACAGUUGUUUCAUGUUUUGGGACGAUUUCCGUUUUCAAAAUGCAUUGUUACCGACGAAGAUGCAAAAGGAACAUCAAACCUUUUCACAGUUUCAAGAGGAAGAAAUCUGAUAACAAAUUGUUUCUAAAAGAUGAAGAUGCACAACUACAGAAUUCUCAAGAAUCAAGAAUUGUUAAUUAUAACUUUUGGAAUUGUGUGAAAGCAAGAUUUAUUUUAUUUUUAGGAUAUCCGUUAUGCUUAUUAAAGUUUAUAAUAUCAAUUCCUAUGAGAUUAAAGUUGACAAUGGAUAGUUCCUUAAGAAAAGAAAUUGAUGAUAUGAAGAAUAGAAUAUCAUAUUUGGAGAUAACAAUUGAAAAACUUCAAAGAGAGUCAUUACAGCAUAUCAAUAAUAAUGUGACAGUUGCUAUGCAACAAUGUUGUAACUAUUAUCAUAGUUCAUCAUCAGAUGUUCAAAGUAUGCCAGCACCUCCUCCCCCUCCACCGCCGCCACCACCACCACCACCACCACCUAUGCUGCCUCCAACAUCAUUUCAAUUGCCACCUUAUAUGUCAACUCCAAUUUCAAAGAAAAAGGAUGAAGAAAAGAAAGAUAAAAAAGAUUUAAAGUUUGCAAAAUUACAUGCGGUGACUCUUGAAGAAUUGAAAAGUGUAAAAUUAAGAAAGACAGGCUCAUUUCUGAAGUUAAAUUCAUCUUGCAAUCCAACUGAAGCAAAUGAGGAAAUAAAUAACCAUCAUUUAGCCACACCAAAGUUAAAAUUAAAUCUGUGUAAUAUUAAUAAUUCUUAUAAUGGAAAGAUUAAUCAAAGGAUUUUCCUUUCGGUGAUAAAGGGUUUCGUCUGCGUCUAG